GUAUAAUCUCUCGUUGCUGCCUCAUAAUGUGCAUGCGUAUUUUAUUAAGCCAAAAAAAAAAAAAAAGGAUUUUUCCUUUAGACUGUUUCCAACUAUGGAAAAAACAAACAGCAUCUAUCAAGCCAUGGUUAUUUCAUUCAAGAAAAGAUGCUUUAAUCUUGAGAACUGUCCUUUUCGGGUUUUCGAAUAAAUUCCUUCACAAUUUUCCAUUCUGAAUCCCCAAAAAUUCCACUCAUCUUUUGAAGGAAUUGAAUCAGUGAGACAUGAGGAAGGAAGUAAAAACCCAAGCAAAGGUCGGAGUUGGGGUUGAAGCUUUCUGGAGCGCUUUGUCUAAGGAUUUAACUUUUGUACUUCCAAAAGCUAUUCCAAAUUUAGUGAAGGAUGUACAAGUGAUAGAAGGAAUUGGUGGUCUUGGUACUGUAAUGCUCUUCAAUUUUGGCUCUGAUGUACCAAAUAUGAUGUACCAGAAGGAAAAGAUUGUCGAGUUUGACGAGUCCCUGCAUAUAAUAGCACAGCAAGUAAUAGAAGGAGGUCAUCUGAAUUUCGGAUUUACUUCAUACAAAACAAUCUUCCAGCUAACGGCGAGCGGAGAGUCAGAGACUACAGUUGAUUUCAUGGUGGUGUACGAGACAGAAGCCGAAGAAGAAACUCAUAUGCCACUGCAGACUACAAAGUCAACUCUUACUUUCAUCAAAUGCCUUGAAAAUUAUCUGUUAAACCAACCUUCCUAGAAUUUGGUUUUUAAUUAAUUUCUUUCUCAUACUUGGUUGAGCUCAAAAUGUUAUAUAUUAAGCCUGGGAUUAUAUAUAUAUAUAUAUAUUAAUACAGUUGGUAUGAAUUAAUACAUAUAGGUAACAAUACUCUAUAAUCACAUAAUAUAUUUACACCUACAAUCCUCCUUAAUUCCACUGUACAUAGCUUGCAUGA